AUGUACUUUGGUACGAAUUCGGCGGAAGUGAACAUAGAAAAAGAGAUUCUAACACAACUUGUUCUCUCGUGUGCCUACAGGUGUGAAUUUCUACGGCUCCUCAAGAUUUCAGUGUUUCUCUUAGGCCUUGGCACUACUGGGUUUCUGUGCCUAAGUGUGGGGCUCAGUAGGCUCACACCGGAGCUCCCUCCUUCUGCUGUGGCUGACCAGCCGCCGAAGCUUCUACCUGAGGAACGUCUCCGGAACCUCUUUACCUACGAUGGAAUCUGGCUGUUCCCGAAAAACCAGUGCAAAUGUGAAGCCCCCAAAGGGCAGGGAGGCUAUAACUUCCAGGAUGCCUAUGGCCAGAGUGAACUCCCUGCGGUGAAAGCGAGGAGGCGGGCUGAAUUCGAACACUUCCAGAGGAGAGAAAGGUUGCCCCGUUCACCGCCGCUGCUGGCUCAGCCCAACCUCCCCUUUGGGUACCCGGUCCAUGGGGUAGAGGUGAUGCCCCUGCACACGGUUCCCCUCCCAGGCCUUCAGUUUGAAGGACAAGACGCCCCCUUCUAUAAGGUCACGCUGACAGCGUCUCUGGGGACCCUGAACACCCUUGCUGACGUCCCGGACAGUGUGGUGCAGGGCAGAGGCCAGAGGCAGCUGACCGUUUCGACCAGUAACCGGCAGCUUUUGAAUUUCGUCCUCCAGCACCUGACAUACACCAGCACAGUGUAUCAGCACCCCAGGGUGGAUGUGGUGAGUCUGGAGUCCAAGUCCUCAGUCGCCAGAUUUCCAGUGACCAUCCGCCAUCCUGUCAUGCCCAGGUUGUAUGACCCCGGACCAGAGAGGAAGCUCAGAGACCUGGUGACCAUCGCCACCAAAACUUUCCUCCGUCCCCACAAGCUCAUGACCAUGCUCCGGAGCAUUCGGGAGUUCUACCCAGACUUGACCGUGAUCGUGGCCGAUGACAGCAAGGAGCCCCUGAAGAUUAACGACGACCAUGUGGAGUAUUACACCAUGCCCUUUGGGAAGGGCUGGUUCGCCGGUAGGAACCUGGCCAUCUCUCAGGUCGCCACCAAAUACGUUCUCUGGGUGGAUGAUGAUUUUCUCUUCAACGACAAGACCAAGAUUGAGGUGCUGGUGGAUGUCCUAGAGAAAACGGAACUGGACGUGGUAGGUGGCAGUGUGCUCGGGAACGUGUUCCAGUUUAAGCUGUUGCUGGAGCGGAGUCAGAAUGGGGACUGUCUUCACCGGAGGCCAGGCUCUUUCGGACCCCUGGAUGGCUUCCCCCGCUGUGUGGUGACCAGCGGCGUGGUCAACUUCUUCCUGGCCCACACAGAGCGACUGCAGAGAGUUGGCUUCGACCCCCGCCUGCGGCGAGUGGCUCACUCAGAGUUCUUUAUUGAUGGGCUCGGGAGCUUGCUUGUGGGGUCGUGCCCAGAAGUGAUCAUAGGUCACCAGGCCCGUUCUCCAGCGGCGGACCUGGAGAAGAUGUACAGCACGUUCCGGACCAACACCCACAACCAGAUCCAGUUCAAGCUGGCUCUCCAUUACUUCAAGAACCAUCUCCGGUGCUCCACCUAAAGGUGCCCGGGCAUCAGGAAUGCUCUAGACGUACCCGUCGUGGGACCCACAACAGCGGGACUGGUGCUGGGGAUACCCAAGUAUAGACUCCUGAGAAGACGGAUGUUGGAAAGAAUAAGCCAGCGGGUGGGGCAGAUGGGUCAGGCUCAGGGACGAGAAAUGCCCGUCAGAGCCUAAGGGUCGUUAGAAAGGGACCAACCCCCGAUAGGGGCAAUAGAGGCGUUAUCAACAACAGUCAUUAUUAGUCUGUAGGACCCGUUACCAGUUAGGGACACACAGCAUCUCUCAUCGUCUCAUUUGACCUCACGCAAAAGAGUCCAUGGUGGGUUGUAUCCUUGGUCGAAAGAGUGGCUGCUGGGGUUUUGAGGGUUAUUCGGUAGCAGUUAUAUCAUGGUCAGUGGCACCGCUUCCGGCAUCCACAAAUGUUUGUUUGUUGUCACCCUGGGGGCUCCGAUAAUGUGAAUGACGCAGGGUCCUUGCCUUCAGGAGGCUGCAGCCUGGUCCAGUCGAGUCCGCUAAGCGGAAUCGUCAGCCAGGUUCGGAGAAGCGGAGGAGGAAGGGUGACCAGUGCCCGGGCAGCUGAGGAAGGUUCUGUGAAGUGAGCUUGUCGGGAGGCUGGAAGCCAAGGGGAUUCAGGCAGCAGAGAGAGGGGCGGGGACAGCGCUGGAGUCCACCGUCCGCCAGAGCAAAGGUUUCCCUGGCAUCAGACUCACCACCGCAAGGAGGACACGUUUCCAGAACGCCAGGGAUUGAACUCCGACCCCGUGCGAAGCAAGGUGCCGUGGUAAACAAAGUGCGAUGGCAUUUCCGGGAACUGGACACCAACUGCUGACCACUCAAGUCCCUGGUCGUCUGCAGAGAGGAGCCAUCACAUGUUGUUGAGGAAGGCUUUUACUGUUAUCUCAGGAGUCAGCAGAUUCCCCAAGUGCUGUAUUAGCCCUGCCGUUGGGGUUUCCACUCUUUCCUGCGGAAGAUCGUCUAGGGGAGUUCAGGAUUUCUGAAAACGGGGCUGUGGGCUGGGAAUAAAACGUCACGAAAAACGUU